AUAUUCUCGGUUCAUCCAAAAGACUAGUACAAUCAUCAAAACACUUUCUUCAACCAUCACGAAUUUAUCAGUCCAGAAUGUCCACGAUGAAAGCAGCCACGAUGUCGGCCCCUGGCGGCCCUGAAGUUCUCAAAAUCACCACCCUACCCAUUCCCACUCCUAAAACCGGCGAAGUCCUUAUCCACGUCCACGCUCGCGGUCUCAAUCGCUCAGAGUUAUUCACCCGUCAAGGCCACUCUCCAGGAAUCCAGUUUCCACGCGUCCUAGGUAUCGAAGCCGUGGGUGAGGUCCUCUCCGCCCCAGGUAGCACGUUCAAAAAAGGUGAUGUCGUUGCCACUGCUAUGGGUGGCAUGGGGCGGCAGUUCGAUGGCGGCUAUGCGGAAUACACGUGCGUAUCUGCGACGCAGGUGCAGAAGAUUGAUGCGGAGGUGGGAGAGGGGAAGAAAGUCAGUUGGGAGGUGUUAGGCGCGGUGCCAGAGAUGCUGCAGACGGCGUAUGGGUCGUUGUUCCGGGCACUGAGGCUGAAGAAGGGGGAGAAGUUGCUUGUGAGGGGUGGUACGACGAGUGUGGGACUUGCGGCGGCUGCGAUUGCCAGGAAUUUCGGGGCGGAGGUAAUGAGCACGUCGAGGAGUAAGAGUCGGAAUGGGUUGCUGAAGGAGAGUGGUGCUACCCAGGUGGUGGUUGAUGGGGGAAGUGUGGCUGAAGACGUUAAGAAGAUCUGGCCUGAGGGUGCGGAUAAAGUGUUGGAGUUGAUUGGAGUGACGACGCUUGAGGACUCCAUGGCAUGCGUUAAAGAGGGAGGCGUGGUUUGUAUGACCGGGAUUGUGGGGAAUAAAUGGUCCUACGAAGACUUCAACCCCAUGGAGAAGAUCCCGACUGCGGUAUAUCUGACCACGUACUCUGGAGGGCCAGAUGAGUUCAUGGACACACCUCUAAACGAUUUAGUACAGCAGAUUGCAGAUGGGAAGUUGAAAGUACAACUCGGAACGGUAUUCAAGCUCGAUGAUAUCGCCGCAGCUCACACGCUAAUGGAGGAGAACAAGGCCGGUGGAAAGGUUGUAGUUGUAAAUUAGACCGUAUCUGCGCUUACCUCAUGCAAUGCAAAGCGAU